GACACUAAGAACAUUGAAGGCAAGUACGACUUCUGCACAAAAACAGAUGUUGAGUUGCACUGCAAAUACUACUCACUUAAUACCACAAAAUGUAUUGAGUGCCAAGACGCCUUCAACAUGAAAGAUGGUGUGUGUGCUGAACAAUUUGAUGAUCUCAAUAAAGUCAAUGAUACAAAGAUGUCAGUAAUUAACAUGAAAAGUUCACCAAAAUCACAAGAAGAAGUCGACUGUUCGACACGAAAUAACAAAGGGUGUCAGCGAUGUCCAUUUGGGUAUUUUUUGAACAAAAACGGUUGUGAGAAAUGCACGAAUGACUGUCUUAGUUGUUACAAUGCAACAUAUUGCAUUUCAUGUCAUAGUAGAUAUUUUCUAGACUUAUUUAUGAAAUGUCAGACACUUGGUGAAUUGGCCAAUAGGUGUGAAGUGCCAUUACCUGCUGGUGGUCGGUGUGCUAUUUGUAAAGUUGGGUAUUUCAAAGCAGAGAAAGAUUGUGAUGUGUGUGACGAGUCGUGUGAUAUGUGUUUGAAGAAAGACGAGUGUUUGUCGUGUAAAGAUGGCUACAUCAAAAUUGCAAGUGUAACAAAUUAUGUUCAUCAAAUACAACACUCUCAAAUUGGUGUGUACUUUGUAAUGAUUCUUAUUAUUUACAAAAUGGGCGUUGUAUUAAUUGUAAAGAGAGUUGUGCAACAUGUGAAAAUAGUGUAG